AUGAGCCUCACGCACAAAGAGCCUUCGCCGCCAAGAGCCUCUCGCCGCGCAAGAGCCUUCUCGCCCGCCAUGACCUCAUCGCCACCAAGAGCCUCUCCGCCACGCCAAGAGCCUCACGCCACCAAGAGCCUCUCGCCGCCAAGAGCCUCUCGCCGCCAAGAGCCUCACGCCGCCAAGAGCCUCUCACCGCCAAGAAGCCUCUCGCCGCCCAAGAGGCCGCUCGCCGACCAAGAGCCUCACGCCACCAAGAGCCUCUCGCGCCAAGAGCCUCCGCCGCCAAGAGCCUCAAGCGCGCCAAGAGCCUCACGCUUCGCCGGCCACAAAGCCUCCCGCCGGCAAGAGCUCUCGCCGCGGCCGCCAAGAGCUCCCGCCAAGAGCCAAGAGCCUCCCGCCCAAGAGCCUCGCAAAGAGCCUCACGCCGCCAAGAGUUCGAAGCGACGCCCCAAGAGCCUCACGCCGCCCACCAAGAGCCUCUCGCCCAAGAGCCUCGCGCCGCCAAGAGCCUCGGGCCGCCUCUCCGCCAAGAGCCUCUCGCCGCCAAGAGUUCGAAGCGACAAGCAAGAGGCCCCAAGAGCCUCACGCCGCAAGAGCCUCUCGCCGCAAGAGCCUCCCGCCGCCAAGAGUUCGCCUCUCUCGAAGAGCCUCCGCCGCCCAAGAGCCUCUCGCCGCCAAGAGCCUCCCGCCGCCAAGAGCCUCUCGCCGCCAAGAGCCUCACGCCGCCAAGAGCCUCUCGCCAAGAGCCUCAAGCCUCGCCGCCAAGAGAGCCUCUUCCAGAGCCUCUCGCCGCCAAGAGCCUCCCGCAGAAGAGCCUCACGCCGCCAAGAGCCUCUUCGCGCCGCCAAGAGCCUCACGCCGCCCAAGAAGCCUCACGCCGCCAAGAGCUACGAAGAGCCUCUCGCCGCCAAGAAGAGCCUCUCGCCGAAAAGAGCCUCACGAAGAGAGCGCCGCCAAGAGCCUCUCGCCGGGCUCAAGAAGCGCCUCAACGCCGCCAAGCCCCCUCACGCGAGUUCGCCGCAAGAGCUCUCCGCCGCCAAGAGCAUCCGCCGCCUUCUAAGAGUUCCGACGCCGCCCAAGAGCCUUGCCUCGUUCGCCAAGAGUUCGAAGGGCGCCCCAAGAGCCUCCCGCCGCCAAGAGCCUCUCGCCGCCAAGAGUUCGAAGCGACGCCCCAAGAGCCGCGCCUGCAAAGUCGUCCUCCUCAGCACACGUGUCCCGAGCGCAUGUCCAGCCGGCCUCGUAAUAUACCUGUGCGCUGGACUCUCUCUCGGAGGCAUUUGUUGA